GGAUGCCAUUUUGAAUUCACUUCCCAAGUCCUACCUGACCUUCCUUAGUCAUUAUAGAAUGACUAAACCUGAAGUAUCCUAUCAUGGUUUGCUAGGUUUACUGCAGACCUAUGAGAAGGAUCACCAACUCAAAAAGGAGUCGGUGAAUGUGGUAGGUGGGACUUCUGCAGGACUUUCUUCCUUUAAGAAAGGAAAGAAGAAGAAGGUGCAGAAAGCUUGUGCUGGGGUCUCUAAGCCCAAACAGACUAUGAAGCAGAAAUCUGAUCAGAGUAAGGCAGAAUGCUUCUUCUGCAAGAAGCAGGGUCACUGGAAGCGGAACUGUUCGGCUUAUUUAGCGUCCCUUGAUCCAAACAGGCCAAAGAAGAAAAUACAGCAAACAGUUGCUGCACAAGGGACUUCAAGUAAGUAGAAGAUUCAAGAACGGCGAUCGAUUCCUAAAUGUUGGUGAUGGAAGAUCUGUUCCAGUCCUAGCUUUAGGAGUCAUUGAGUUAUUUUUUGAGUCUGGAGUAGUUAUGUUAGAUG